CAGAGGCGAACAGGGGCAGGUUUGGUUCUUUUCCUCCCUGCCGGCUCGGGGACCUCUCUCCCUGCUGGUCCAGCUCUCUGGACCUCCCUGCCCGCAGCAGCUGCCCCAUAGCCGCAGGGACUCCUCCCAGCUUUCCUUCCCGCUCCGAGUCCUGCUGCUGCAUCCCCGUGUAAGCAGGGUUGGACUCUUUGCCCUGUUACCCUCGAAGCACCCAAGCUCCCAGCUCUGAGCUGCUAAAUGGAAUUCAGCUGUGACCAAUUCACGUGGCAGGCGAGACGCAGGAAGCUCGGUGGAGGAGAGGGAAAACCCUCCCUUUAAAGGGGGAGGAGGCAGCAGCUUUUUGCCCGCAGAGCAAACGAGAGGCUCUGCCCCACUCCCGCUUUCAGUUUCAUUUCCCACCAGUGCCCUCCUUGCUCUCAGCCCUCUCUCGAGGCUCAGGCGCCAUGGCCGAGGCGGGUGCUGUGGCCAAGCUGAAGGACGAGCUGACCUGCCCCAUCUGCCUGGACAUUUACAGGAACCCCGUGUCCCUGGGGUGCGGUCACAGCUUCUGCGAGGAGUGCAUCCAGAAGGAUCAGAAAUGCCAGCAGGGCCCUUCCAAGUGCCCACUCUGCCUUUCCCCCACAGGCCCCACCGGGGAGCUGAAGCCCAACUUCCAUCUCCGCAACAUAGUGCAGAACUUUUUGGAUGCUUCUGUUCAUCAAGGGGAAGAAAAGCAGAAAGUGCAAUGCAAAGAGAAGGAGGAAAGUUCAGACCAGCAAGAGGAGGAAAAGCAGAAAGUGCAAUGCAAAGAGGAGGAGGAAAGUUCAGACCAGCAAGAGGAGGAAAAGCAGAAAGUGCAAUGCAAAGAGGAGGAGGAAAGUUCAGACCAGCAAGAGGAGGUGAUCCUGUGUGAUUUCUGCCUUCAGGAGCCCCAUCCAGCCGUGAAGACUUGCCUGAGUUGCGAGGCCUCCCUGUGCCAAGCCCACCUGAGUAAGCACAGCGCAAAGAACACCCAGAAGAACCACGUCCUGGUGGAGCCCUGUGAUGCCCAGGUUUUGGCUGAGAGGAAAUGCCCCCAGCACGGCAAAUUGCUGGAAUGCUACUGCGAGAUGGACAAGGUCUGCAUCUGCAUCCUGUGCUCCGUCCUCAGCUCCCACAGGGAGCACAAGAUCAUCAGUUUGGAGGAGGCUUUUGCCCAAGCACAGCGUGUUUUUCCCGGAACUCUAAAAAAGGUGAUAAACUAUGAAGCUGCGCUGGAUCGAAGCAUAGCAAACCUGCUGGAACAAGCGGAGGAAGUAAAGGUUAAGGAGGAUCUGCAGUGGCAACGACUGGAGAGCCUAUUCAAAGAGAUCAGUCUGCAGCUAGAGAAAAAAAAACGUGAGAUGCUGAAAGCUCUCAGUGACUAUGAGAACCAACAAAUUUCUCGGAUUCAUAUGGAGUUAAAGAACCACAGAGAGCAGAAGCGUUCAGCCAGCCAUGAUAUUCAGGAGCUGGAGGCUCUGAGAAAUCAGACAGAUACACUUCUUUUCACCAGGGCUUUUACAGCAAUUCAAACCAGGGAACGGAAGCCUGUUCCUGUCACGGAUGGUGUGAAAGUGGCAAACCCACCUAUUGCUUUGGAUGAAUCAAAAACACGCAAUGUUCUCUCCCUUUUCCAGCAAUUCCUUUCAAACAUGGAGUCCUCAAUUAAACCACCACCUGUGGUGUUUUCAACUCCUCACAGCAGUACAGGUGGACCCCAGCAUCCACAUAACCCAAGUGUUUUCUCCCUUUCUGCUGCCCCUUCCCAUGCCGCUGCCUUCUCCUUUCACCGUCCAGGCAGCUCUUCAAAUCCUGGUUUGCCCACUCUCUCCGGCAUCGCUCCCUGUACUGCUUCAAAUACUAGCUUUGGUGGGUUUCCUCAGAGAUUCUGAAAAAUGUGUAAAACCUGUGGGUUGAGAUAAGAGCAGUUUGAUAACUGAAACAAAGCAAAAUGAUACUAAUGAUAACAGUAAUAGAAAGGAGCAAAGAGAGUGAAAAAAGCCAACUAAAAUAAGUGAUGCACAAUAAAAUUGCUCCCCACCUGCCCACUCCCAGCCAAAACCAGGACAGGACUCAAAUAUGUGCAGUGAUAUCCCAGACAUGCAGAGUGUCCAGAGUUUCUGGGAGGUGAACACCAACAAUGAGAGCUGCUGGAAGCUUGGAGUCAUUUGUGCCCUGUCUGAGUGCUGCCUGCAAGUGCCUCACGAUUACCUCUGCAUGUUCCUAGGCCAACAACCUCGAAGUGUUAUGGGCAGACGUAGACUGCGUAGACUGUUGAAGAAACACCCUGCCUCAGGCUUAUAGAGACAGUAAGCAUCCUUUUGAAGUAUCCCGUCCAUGCUGGCAUCAGCGUGUCUGAUGGCUCUUUGAAGCUCCUAUUUUGAUGUGGGGAGAAGGUGUUGCUUUGUAUUUCCAGGCCUAGGAAUUGGGACCAUUGCUGUAGGGGGAGGGUUGUUAAGAUGUCAUAUCAGAAAAGGGAUUGUGGGUUGCUGUGAGGGCCUCUGUGGGGUAUGUCACUGCCUCUUACUACAAGAGCUUCUCUCUUAUUUGUUCUGUUAACCAUGAUGGAAAUACUAUUAAGUUGCUCAUUUUUGCUCGGCUGUAUCAAAUUCUGUGUUGGCAGCACGUUAUUAAAGUAAUUCAGUUUGCAAAAGUCA